CGCGUAUCAGUUAACGGGUUGUCGUACUCUGGCGCGUACGUGUAAUAUAAAAACAGUUAUUUUUUUUUUAAAUAGUGUUGUGAAUAGUGGGCGUUUUUUUUCGAUAUUUUGUGAAAUAUAUUUAAAAGAUAAGUAUGGGGGAAGACAGGAAUGAAAAUGAAGGAGACGUGACAGUCGAAGACAAAGACACAAAUCCAAGAACAGACGAAACUCUAGAAACACCAGAACCAGAUCCAGAAGAUAAUAUGCAAAAGCAAAUGAACGCAGCAGUUAACAAAGAAACGGCAAUGAAGUACGCCGAUAAUGCAAUACGGCAACGUGAAAACGAAAAGACAUACAUACAAAACAUUAAGAACUCCAAUUCGGGACUUAGUUUAGGUGAUUUGAAGGAAGAUGCUUUACUAGCCGAUUCUAAAACCGUUGCAAGAUUCUCACCAGCUUGGAAUCAGACCCUGGCAUCCACGGCGGCAAUUCUUAUGACCUUCACUGCUGGUCUUACAUCCGGGUACUCGGCUAUUUUACUGCCUCAGCUCAAGGAAUCAGGCAGCUCCAUACCUUGCGAUGAAAGCACCGCUUCAUGGAUCGCGGCAAUGGCAGCAUUACCGAUGGCCCCUGGCUGUUUGAUCUGCGGUUGGCUCAUGGAAAAAUUCGGAAGACGUAAUGCUCACUACAUGGUCUGUGCCCCGUUUCUUCUCGGAUGGAUCCUGAUCGCCUGUGCUAAUAAUCUUGCCCUCAUCCUCCUCGGAAGAUUCUUCACUGGAAUGUGCGUUGGUCUGAUUGGACCACUCGGCCCUGUUUUCAUCAGUGAGACAUGCAGUCCCCAAUUAAGAGGAAUAUUUCUAGCAGCCAUAUCUUUAGCCAUCGCUGUAGGUAUUUUAGUAUCGCACCUAAUCGGAACAUGGGUGCAUUGGCAAUGGACCGCAAUUAUCUGCUGUAUUUUUCCAAUUCUAUCAGUCAUUCUGCUAAGUGUAAUCCCAGAAAGUCCAACAUGGUUGAUAUCAAAGGGUCAGAUAGAAGAUGGAGUGAAAGCUUUUAGCUGGUUGAGAGGAUACGGCGAUGAGGCCAGGUCUGAAUUAAAGGCAAUUAUAGAUAAACGUAAAGCCGCAGAUUUAGAACCAACGCCAACGUUAAGAGAGAAAAUCAACAGUCUCAAAUCACCGGAACUCAUGAAGCCGCUAUUCAUAAUGAUAGUUUUCUUCGUGACCUGCCAAUUUUCAGGAGUUAAUGCUGUUGCAUUUUAUUCAAUAGAAAUAAUCGAAAAAGCUGUUGGUAAAGGAAUUGACCAUUACGUGGCCAUGUUGGCGAUAGAUUCUUUAAGAACUGUAAUGUCAGUUGUGGCGUGUGUCACGUGUAAAAAAUAUGGCAGGAGACCUUUAUGUUUAAUUAGCGGUCUUUUUACUGCUAUAUCAAUGGUCGGUUUAUCGAUGUUCCUGUAUUGGACCGAUGGCAAACCAACGAAUUUAACGUGGAUCCCGUUGUCAUGUCUGAUGGGUUACAUAUGUGCCAUAUCUAUAGGACUCGUCCCACUACCUUGGAUGAUGUGUGGAGAAGUUUUCCCGACUAGAGUAAGAGGUCUGGGCUCAGGAAUUAGUUCUGCGACAACCUUCGUUUCCUUCUUUAUUGUUGUUAAAACUGCUCCAGGAAUGAUGACCGAUUUAGGAGAGGUGUUCACUUUCCUAUUCUACGGUAUUAUAGCACUUAUUGGUACUGGUAUCCUAUACUUUAUUUUGCCGGAAACGAAAGGUAAAAGCUUGCAGGAAAUCGAAGAUAGAUUUAAGAGUGGAAAGAUAAGCAUAGCCUAAUUUUAUAUAUGUUUAAGUGUCUAAGAUUAAGGAAUUCCAUGGAAAUUUACUCGCUCAAAGCGCAAAUUAUGUACUGUCUGUGAUAUUAUAGUUUUUAAAAGAAGUAAUAAAUAUACAUAUGUUACAUUAUCA